AUGGCGACGCGCAAAGACGACACUGGCGGUCUGAACGACUUUGUCAAGAAACUCUUCACCAUGCUUUCCGAAGACCGCUACUACGACGUUGUGCGGUGGACGGCCGGCGGCAACAGCUUUGUGGUGCUCAACACCAACGAGUUCACCAAGGAGAUCCUCCCGCGGCACUUCAAGCACAGCAACUUUGCCAGCUUCGUGCGCCAGCUCAACAAGUACGACUUCCACAAGGUCAAGAUCUCCACCGAGGAAAAACGCAGCUACCAGUACGGCGACGACGCCUGGGAGUUCCAGCACCCGGACUUCCGCAAGGACGACCGCGACGCCUUGGACAACAUCCGCCGCAAGGCCCCGCUCAAGAAGGAUGCCGCCUACGAGGCCAACCCGCACUACGACGCCCAGCUUCUGCUGCUCCGCACAGAGCUUCUGAACGUCCAGGCCGACCUCCGUACGCUCAGCGACAAGUACCGUGCGUUAGUCGAACUGAUGGUGGCCGUCAACUCCUACAACGAGCGCCAGUACCGCUCCAUCGGCGUCUUGGUGCAUUGUCUCAACCAGGCGGGCAUCAAGAUCCCGCCGCUCGACUUGCCCAGCCCCAACUUGCUUGGGCUCGUGCUGCCGCCGCGCGCGGUGGACAAGCCCGUGAAACUGGAGCCCGAGCUCGAAAAGACCGCAAGCUUGCACACGCUGCCCAAGGCGCCGCAAGGCUCGGCCCAGCCCCACAGCGGGGGUGCGCCGCCUCUGCAAUCGUCGUCUGUGCCUCCCCACAGCGGGGCUGUCCAGCCUCAGGCGGGCCCCGCCGGUCCCCACAGCGGGGUGCAGCCUCAUGGCGGCGCCCAGACGUCAACUCCGUCGGCGCCCGUGCUGUUUGAGCCCGUAGACGGCAGCACGCCCAAGUUCCAUGUGUUGCUAGUGGAGGACGACAAUGUGUGCAUCCAGCUCUGCCGCAAGUUUUUGAUGAAAUACGGGUGCCAGGUGACGGUGGUGACAGACGGACUAAAUGCCAUUUCCACGGUCGAGCAUACAAAGUACGACUUGGUGUUGAUGGACAUUGUCAUGCCCAACUUAGACGGCGCCACUGCCACCAGCAUCAUCCGCCUGUUUGACACCAAGACCCCGAUCAUCGCCAUGACCGGAAACAUCCAGGAUAACGACUUGGUGACAUAUUUGCAGAACGGCAUGCUGGACAUCUUGGCCAAACCCUUCACAAAGGACGACUUGUACCUGAUUCUCAGCAAGCAUCUUUUGGCAUCGCCGAAAAACUUUGAGCAGCCCGGUGAGUUCCAGCUUCCGUUGGAAGAAGGCAUGUCCCAGCCCAUGGAAAUGCCCAUGCAGCCGCUUCUGCCCAUAAACCAGCCCAUAGCCCAGCCCAUGGGCCAGCUGAUUGCUCGUCCUAUCAUGGAGCUAGAACAGCCUACAAAAAAACAACGAAUGCAGUGA